CGCCGGCGGGCGGCAGCCCUCGCCCGGGACCUUCCAGCGGGCGCAGGGGGAUAAAAGUGCCUCUAAUUCCAGCACAUGCACACUGAAACAAGUUAAAGGAUUUAAUAUGAAGCACAGGAGCAGAUAGUGCCAAAUAGCAAGCAGUAGUUGGUACACAUUUCUGGAAAAGCAGUGUCCGUGUUGUUAUGUACACCUCCAAAAAAAGUUCAGAUCUGUAGGGGAAUUGUUGUGUAAAGUAAACUGAACUACAGGGUAGCAGGAUUGUAGUAGCUAUUGUAGACGUGUAUUUACUGUUAAAAUGAGUAAACGAACAAGCAGUGACUCACCACUAGGAAGGGUGAGUGGGGCAGCAUUUCCUUCUCCCACUGCUGCUGAGAUGGCGGAAAUUAGUCGAAUUCAGUAUGAAAUGGAAUACACCGAAGGCAUUAGUCAGCGAAUGAGGGUUCCAGAAAAAUUAAAAGUAGCACCACCAAAUGCUGACCUGGAACAAGGAUUCCAAGAAGGAGUUCCAAAUGCUAGUGUGAUAAUGCAGGUUCCAGAGAGGAUUGUUGUAGCAGGAAAUAAUGAAGACACUUCAUUUUCAAGACCAGCAGAUCUUGAUCUUAUUCAGUCAACUCCCUUUAAACCUCUGGCACUAAAAACACCACCUCGUGUUCUCACACUAAGUGAAAGACCACUAGAUUUUCUGGAUUUAGAAAGACCACCUCCAACCCCUCAAAAUGAAGAAAUCCGUGCAGUUGGCAGGCUAAAACGAGAACGCUCUAUGAGUGAAAAUGCUGUUCGCCAAAAUGGACAGCUGUCCAGAAAUGAUUCCAUGUGGCACAGAUCAGAUUCUGCCCCAAGAAAUAAAAUUUCAAGGUUCCAGGCACCGAUUUCUGCACCGGAGUACACUGUGACACCAUCGCCACCACAGGCUCGGGUCUGUCCUCCCCAUAUGUUACCUGAAGAUGGAGUUAAUCUUUCCUCUGCCCGUGGCAUUUUGUCGCUUAUCCAGUCUUCCACUCGUAGGGCUUACCAGCAAAUCUUGGAUGUGCUGGAAGAAAAUCGCAGUGUGAGAAGACAAAAUGAAAUACGUUGUGAAAGACCUGUGUUGCGUGGUGGGUCUGCGGCCGCCACUUCUAAUCCUCAUCAUGACAACGUCAGGUAUGGCAUUUCAAAUAUAGACACAACAAUGGAAGGAACGUCAGAUGACAUGACUGUUGUAGAUGCGGCUUCAUUAAGACGACAGAUAAUCAAACUGAACAGGCGGCUGCAACUUCUGGAGGAGGAGAACAAAGAACGUGCUAAAAGAGAAAUGGUCAUGUACUCAAUUACCGUGGCAUUCUGGCUGCUCAACAGCUGGCUUUGGUUCCGUCGCUAGAGGUAACCUCAGCUCUCAAACUUGUCUCCACAGCUGGAAGUAUAAAGGAUUUGCAAACCUCUUCGUUUCUGUCUUUGCAUUGUAUGCCGUUUUAUAGUCCAUGCCCUGCAACUGUAUUUCUUCACAAAGUCAGGAGAGGUAUACUCUGUCACUCAGCCCUACUCACUUUUAACCAGUUCUGCAGUAAUACCUACACAAAAUUCGCCCUUUGCAUGUUUUGUAAAUAGGCUCUAGUGUUUUUUUUGUUUUUUUUGUUUUUUUUUUUUAAAGGAAUUGAGUUUUGCCUCAUCAGCUUACACAGGUAAUUUCUCUGAAUGGGAGGGAGUGUGCAUAGAGAAUGGAUUUAGAAAAGUAUCUGUAAAAGGAAAACGAUAAUUUGUCCUUAUUCUUAAGCUCUAUCAUUUAACAGUUUUGUUAAGAGACAUUUUUGGAUCCUCAUUUCACAUUAACACUUUUGAAGUCAUGGUCUGGUGCCAGAUUCGAGAAAAUCAAACCACCUAAUAUUUUGUGACCUCCUUUGCUGUACUGCACCUGUACUGAUUAAAUUAAAACAAUUCCUAACAUUUCA